AUGCCGGAGAAGAAAGUUCAAGAAAAGUUAUCAGCGGUCAUUCAAUGGGUUACCACAAAAAACGGUGAGUAAGUGGGUGAAUCUAAAGUACGCAACAUUUUCCAUAAUGCACUCUGAUUUCUAUUCGAAAUUAACUUUCCAUUGAAGGUGCAUCACCUCGUAGAGACUACAUUCCGACACGUAUUCGGAUGGGAAACGGAGUUGAGAUACCAUUCAUGGGACUGGGAACGGGGGGAGCUCCAAGUUCGGAGAAAGAAGUCGAGUUUGCAUUGCGGACUGCCCUUGAUCUUGGAUAUACUCACAUUGAUACGGCCAGUAUCUACGGAACUGAGGCCAUCGUGGGAAAGGUUGUCAAAGAGUACAUUGACUCGGGAAAACUCAACCGAGAAGAUAUUUUCAUCACUACAAAGGUGAAAAGUUAUCCUUCAUCCGAUUUAUAUCCAUGUUUUUAAAGCUUCCGUGCACCUCGCACGACCGCCCGAGCGUUGAGCAAUCUCUGAGAGCACAAUUGAAAGACCUGCAAAUGGAGUACGUCGACUUGUUUCUGGUUAACACGCCUUGCGGUGUUCGGGUAAAAAGCUUCCCUCUCUCUCUCCCUUGUCUGCUAGUUUUUCGUGUGAAUUGUAGGUUCGUUCGACUCCUCGGGGACUCUCCACAAGCGACGCUUCGUACACAUCGCUUCCGGACACAUGGAAAGGGAUGGAAGACGUAAGAUAAUGAUAGGGUGCACAACGAGAAUUCACGAAAACGGUGGCUCCGUAAGAUUUGACAUUACGUCUGCCAGCUGCAACGAACGGAAACGGAAACGCAAAGUUGUUUGUUUCAGGUGUACAAUCUGAAAUUGGCUCGAUCCAUAGGGAUAUCCAAUUUCAACGUGGAUCAGAUCCAGCGUGUGUAUAGCACGGCCACUGUCAAACCGCACAAUCUUCAGGUUGCACUAGAGCCUUAAUAUCCAAUAUCCAAUUUCCACUUUCAGGUUGAAGUCAACCUCCAUUGGCCGCAAAAAGAAUUCGUGGUUUUGUGCCAAUCACUAAACAUGUCUCUCACCGCUUAUGCUCCAAUUGGAAGUCCUGGUACAAACCAAACACACUUUUGAUUGGGAACAAAUCACCAUUUUUGUAGGUCAGAGAAGACAACUUGGCCUGCGAGAUUUGAGCCCACUCGAGGAGCCGGUUGUUCUCUGGCUCGCUGAAAAGUACAAGAAAUCGCCGGCACAGAUUCUUCUACGUCACCUGACUCAGAGAAACAUAGUAGUGAUUCCGAAGAGCACUGAUGCUCAACGGCUUAGGGACAACUUGGAAAGCAUGAAGUUCUCUCUCACUGAUCAGGACAUGGAAGAGUUGGGACGUGUGAGACCUCGUGCUCGGGUGUACACGUUUAGACACAGGUUGGUUUCAAAAACUGAUAAUAAUGAAGAGUAAAUGAAUUCAUUUCAGACGCACCCACCCAGAGUACCCGUUCUGUGAACUCGACGAUGUCACCCCUUCUGAUGUCUGA